AUGUCCUCGUCACACCCUGUAUGGGGCCACGGGUUGGGGCUUAGCUCUGGUCAGAGAGAACCCAUAUAUGAACUGUUGACACCCUUUCAGGACCUGCCUAGCGAGAUAGUAGGCCGCACAGUGUGGAAGAAAGAAGACCUCCAGAAGAAUCCAGAGCGAUGGAUUCGACGCUUUUCGAGUUUCGAAGUGAAGCAGAUCGAACAAGCUAUCCAAGAAGUCGAGAAUGGAAAGCUUCUUCUUGCAGAAGUAAACCGCUCAACCUUCAAGCUACCCGAUGACCUCCAAGCAAUCCUGGCUCAAGUCCGAGAUGAGCUUAUCAAUGGUAUAGGCUUCACGGUGUUACGCGGCCUUCCUGUGGCGUCAUGGACCACCCGUCAAGCUUCCAUUGCUUACCUUGGAAUCGGCUCAUAUAUCGGACGUCGGGUGAGCCAGAACCGCCUAGGACAUAUGCUCGGGCAUGUCAAGGAUCUGGCAGAAGGAAAAGAAGUCAAUGGCGAAGGACGUAUAUACCGCACACAUAAAGCCCAGACGUACCACACCGAUGAAAGCGAUAUCGUUGGACUCCUCUGUCUGCAUCAAGCCAUGUCUGGUGGAGAGUCUCAGGUGGUCUCAACUCACCACAUAUACAAUGUUCUGCGCCAGGAACGACCCGAAGUUCUUGAACAAUUAUGCAUCCCGCAUUGGUUCUAUGAUCGCAAGGGUGAAACUAGUGAAGGAGAAAGCGAGUGGAUGAGAACUCCUGGAUACUACUACUAUAAGGGCAAAUUGAGUAUGAAGUGGGAUUCGUACUAUGUCGGGGCCCUGCAACGCUUCUGGGAAGCGGGUCUACUGCCGGAAUAUACAGAUGCUCAACGUGAAGCUAUCAAGGUCAUGGAGGAGACCUGCCACCGCCUUUGCUUGGAGAUGACAUUAGAGCAAGGAGACAUACAGUUUGUCACCAACACCCACAAUCUGCACGCCCGGUCAGCCUACCAAGACGCAGCCGAUCCGGCGAAGAAGAGGUGGCUGCAGAGAUUAUGGUUGGCCACUUCGGAGGAAGAAGGAGGCUGGCCUUUGCCAUUUGCUGAUUCGGAAUAUGCAAAGAGAGGAGGAGUGCAGGUAAACAAGACUCCGGAGUCGUACCCAUUAGAAGCAGAGUAA